GAAGCGAGGAAAAAUCCAGUGGAGAACUUUUCCCGUGAAACCAGUGAAUUUCCUUUUAUCUGUACUUGUUUUUCCUUUCCGGUGGCGUGAUUGUUGGUAUUAUCGUUGUGCAGGUUACGUGUUUCCCUUAGCAGCCCUUGUUUGUGGUGUAGCAAUUGAAGGAAAAUUGACGACAGCGCAGCUGCCAGUAUCAUUUUUCGUUUCCGGAUUAAUUUAUGUGACGAAGGAUUGCACAAGCACGGUGUGGCCCACAGGUACCCAGGUGAAUAGGCACGGAUAAUAUUAGCGUUUUUGUGUGUACAGUGCAGUGUCCCUAAGGUUCGGUUCUACAACGUGCAUUAGAAACAUCGCGCAUAAAAUAUUGCAACAUACAGCAAACUUCUCGGAAGGCGCUCCCGAAAAGGGUAAGAGGAAAUAUAAGAUCACUACCGGGAGACGUGGUUUCUGUGCACGGCAGCAAGGAGAAAACAAUGGACUGAUCGAAGCGGAGUGAAGCAUCUCGAUAUUAUAAAAUAUUUUAUUCUGAAGAGAAAGGUGUCGAUGAUGGCAGGCGACGGAACGUCGGCCAGGAUCAAACAGGAGCUGAUCGAAACUUCCUGCUGCAGCCCGUCACCAUCGUCGGUCGGUAGCUUAUCCCAGACCAACAUACUGUACGGCAAUUCACCCACGGGAAAGAUGGACUUCAAAUGCAGCAGCAAUAACAACGAAACACAUCUCACAGAACUGCACGGCACUGGUGGUGCCGCUGGACACAACGGUGGCGGCAAUGGCAACGGGAAACCACAGUCGCCCGGCUCUCCGGACCGUCAGUUCUGCAGCUCAACUACCUCCGCCAUCGGGGACUUUGGCAGCGAUGGCACGAACCACGAUACGAUCAAGGAGGAGUUGCCGCGGCGACUGUGCUUGGUGUGUGGGGACGUGGCAAGUGGAUUCCACUAUGGUGUUGCCAGCUGUGAAGCAUGUAAAGCAUUUUUUAAACGUACCAUUCAAGGAAACAUUGAGUACACGUGUCCCGCGAGUAACGACUGUGAAAUUAACAAGCGUCGACGGAAAGCGUGCCAAGCGUGUCGGUUCCGCAAGUGUCUGCUGAUGGGAAUGCUCAAGGAAGGGGUUCGGCUGGACCGGGUAAGGGGUGGCCGACAAAAGUAUCGGCGGAAUCCGUGCUCCAACCCGUACCAGAUGCAAAUCAUACAGUCGAACCAGCAGUACACCGCCCAAACACUGGAGGACAUCAAGAUCCUGGAAGUAUUAUCCUCGUUCGAGCCGGAUCCACUGUCGAUCGGCGGUGCUGGGGGUGAUAUGAUGACGGUUGGGGAGGAACGUAACGGUAACGGUGGUGGUGCUCAAACGUCGAGCUCUUCGUUCUCGUCCGCGUCGUCGUCAUCGUCCACGAGCAGCAAUAGCAGCAACUCGCCUGGUGCUACGGCUGCCGCCGCCGAUUCCGGUCUCGACCGGAUGGUGAUGGGCGGUGACGCGCAGGAAAUUUUGAGCGUGCUGAGUGAUAUUUACGAUAAGGAGCUGGUCGGUGUGAUUGGGUGGGCAAAGCAGAUUCCGGGCUUCACCGAUUUGCCGCUGAACGACCAGAUGCGUCUGCUGCAGGUAAGCUGGGCCGAGCUGCUGACGCUAAUGCUUGCCUACCGGUCGAUUCCGUUCGAUGGUCGGCUAUACUUUGCCACCGACUUCUGGCUGGAUGAACGAUCGGCGAAGGAGUGUGGUGCCCUUGAUCUCUACAACCAUCUAGCACAAAUCACCCAACGAUUGGAAAAGAUCUCGGCCACCAAGGAGGAGUACUAUCUGCUGAAGGCCCUAUCUCUGUCAAAUUGUGAUAUCAGACUGGAUAACUACAGUGCGCUCAAGAAAAUUCGUGACUCGAUACUGUACGCACUCAAUGAUUGUGUACUGUUGAUAAGGCAACAUCAGGCGGUGUCACAUCAGCAGCAACUGCUACUGUUGCUGCCAUCGUUGCGACAAGCGGAUCACAUCAUUCGCAAAUUCUGGACGAAUGUGCAUAUCGAGGGUAACGUGACGAUGAACAAACUGUUUGUCGAAAUGCUUGAGUCCGUCUCACGAUAAGAUGCAAUAACCGCCCUUAAAAGCAAUCGCUACAGCUCUUUCAUAUUGUUGGGAAUAGUUCCCAACAUUACAUUCAGGCAGGGAGAGUGAUAGAUAGAGGGAUGCGCAGUAUAGUGACGUGGUCAGGGGAAGUGACUAUAAUUUCGUGGAAUGGUUACCGAAGCGUUAUUCGAAUUGUUUACUUAGUUUAUAGGUAUCUGUUUUUUAUGUUUUUUUUUCCAAGUACUGUUCUCGAUUUCUUAGAGAAACACAUCUCCUGUUUCGUUAAAUCUGUACAAACUGUACUGCUCUACUAAUGGGAGCACCUGUUCAGUGUUUGUGUAGCUGGUUUCUAGGUUUCAUGGAAUGAUUUCAUUGUAACGCUGGAAAGGCACAGCUAGUAGGUCUUCUGUUUUUUUAUUCUACGUCUAAUUUGUGUUAAAGUUACCGGCAAAUUCGGUUCGAAAGUUAAAGCUUCUGGAAGAGUGCAUUGUUAUAACAUGAGAGAAGGUGCAAUACGCCGCAGACCUUUGUUGAGCUGUCCGGGAAGAACUGCAAUAGUGUUGAAUGCGCGUAUCAACGCGUCGUUUUUCACGCAGCUAUUGUUGCGAUGUAUCGCAGCGUUGUUAUAAAUUCCAGUGACAUUGGUGGUAAUUUGCAGUACCAUCGAAGCAAGAAAAAAAAACGCUAUCCAGAAGUGAGUGAGGAUCGAUUAUAUUGCUUAAUUCUCAAUUAUUAGAGUAUUUGCUUGUUUUUAAUGACAGUUCAUUAUUGUAGAUCACGCACACAAAUAUUGUAGAGCGGUUUGAACGCAGGCAGGCGGGAUUCUAAAGAUUAACUCUACUUGCAAUAUCUAUACUACCCGUUGUAAUGGCCGUACAAGUGCCGUAGUAAUUUAUGUACAGAAAGCAAUGUUUUGUAUGGCGUAUGUAUGGAUUCUAGCGGAGAGGGGUGUCUGUCAGCGGCACGUCUGUGUUUUUAAAUGUUUUAUUGUUUUGCUGGAGCGUGUUCAAUAGGAACUCUCUUUCUGUAACCACUGACAGAACUCGUUUGAUGCAAUAGACAGCCGUUUGUAAGGUUCGAAUCCUCGACAAAAAAACACACACACACUUAUUGUAAAUGAGGUUAAAGUAAGAACAGACGGUUUAUUGAAGAAAUAAUUUUGCAAUACAGUUCAAAGCAUGAGAUGAGCUAUGAAAGACAGAGCUGAAUCUCGAGCGGUGUUUAAGGAAAGGUGUGAACAGUUUGGGGAGCAACUAUACCCGUCUUACAAUAACAUUACAGUACAACUCCACAAGCAAAUGAUCGUUCAAAAUGGUAGGCAGAGCAUGAAGUGAUGCUCCGUUUGAUUUUUAAUGUGUUGAAUGUUUCCAAAAUUCUUUAACGCCAACGUGUAUGUAGUUUUUUAUGUUUUCAUGUGAGCAACAACGUUUUCAGACAAAAGCGUAGAAAGACAAGUAGGUGAAGGGAGAAUUACAAAAACCAGCAACCAAACAUACAAAAGCGGGAAAGGUCUUCAGCAAAGCAACGGACGAUACAAAUUCAAAUGCAUCAAAAAAUGGAAACAAAAUUUUAUCAGCGUAAACGUAUAAAAUAGAAAUAGUUCUAUAACACUGCAAAUCGUUAUUACAUGUAAGAACUGAGUUGCACCUAUCGGUUGCGGAACGCAAUUACUACAGCGGGCCCAACCGUCCGCUUGACAUACCAAUGUGUCGAAAUGGGGUGGAACGAAACAAAAUGGAAGUAAAUACCCGAAAACUGACUGAAGAAAGUCUCUCGGUACGAAAUAGGAUGAUUGAAAGAAUGGCGGCAUUAGCCCCGGCAGAGCUAUAAGACCGAGGACGGAGAAAGUGUUUUUUUAUAGGGAGAAUAUGCAAUUUAUCCAUUGCCUACAAUAACACAGUAAGAAAACCAACGUAGUACAGUAGCGAUUAGAAAUCUUCCGAGAUUUUAUGCCGUUCUCUAGAGGGAUGGAGGAAGUAGUGGUCCUGUAAUGGGGUCCAUCAGGGUUGAGCAGGCAGACACACCGCUAAAGGUGUAGAGAUUGUCUCAGGGAAUGUAACGCGCGAUUUGUGCUUGCGAUUGUGACGAUAGUUUAAAAUGGACGUUGAUUGUUUGGUAGUAAUGUUAGUGAAAGUGACACGGAUGGUCUGGGCAGGGAGGUUAAAAAAAACGUACCGCAUUGGUCACGUGUAUGGGUGUGUAGUAGUUGAAUUGGGCAGAGGGUUAUCGAAUGGAUGAAUGGAUCGUUAAAUAGAAAUACAGCUGGCACUAUUUGCUAA